ACUUCUCCCAGCACAUUCAAGACACCGCUGCUUCUCGGUCUCUUCGUCCCCCUUUUACCUGGAUCAUGUUUGCGGGCGUUGUAACCUGGCAGCUUUCAUUUUCGCGCCCUCGUUCCGCCGCUCCUCAUUUCGUCUCCUGCCAUUUACAUUUCCGGGAAACCGUGGCCAAACCGGGUGAUACCCUUUUUGCCCUGAUUCACUUGACAUCAUCGUGGUAUUGAUCAAGUCAUCGAGAAGCAUACUGAACGCAUACAUAGACAGAAACGAGUCUCUCAACAUGGACCGAAUAUCUUGGUGAUUCGGUAUCCUCAGUGAGGCCAACAGCACUGGUACCACCCCGCAUCCCUGGUACUAAGACGACACAGACGAUCGAAUGUGGUGUCUCCCGAUACCCUCCAGUCUGCUUCGAUCACUGCGCCUAGUCCGCUAUCAGCAUCCCUUGCUCUUGAUACCAAACUCUGGUGCUCGCCUUGCUUCAACCCCUUCAUCUAUUCUUCCUGUUCGGUCCGAUUUGCGAAACGCGGGUCAUGGGUACGACGUGACCACUGCCUGUUGUGCGUGUCCGGAGCUUUGACGCCUUGGGCCUUUCGUGAGUACGCCUAGGGCUAUGCCUCGGGCAUCAUACCUAUUUGAUGCGUUACCAGAGCAAGAAGAGGUAUGGCCGACCCGGAGAUACCUCCCUUUGGGGUCUCCAUGAUGGCCCCUCCCGCCCGGCGAAUCCGAUUCACCUGAGGGAUCGAAUGUGAAAGGGAUGAGCUCUGGGUCCCACAUUCACCCUCAGUAAUUUCAAUGAGUGGCCUAGGAAAUGAUGAUUUGAAGUUCGAGAGUGGUCGAAGAAGCGGUGAGGAUGACGAAGUAAACGGAACCAUUGGCACUGGCGGCUAUGCCGAGUCCUUGUGUGGUAGGCCAACUUUCAAAACCUGUUAUUUUGUAUAUAUAUAUACUGAGGAGAAGACGCCUUCGCUUUCAAUCGCUACUUGAGCAUUGCUUACUGUACUCCGUAAAUUAUUGGACUAGUACUCUUCAAUCAUGUCUAUCGAUCUGGACAAGAUCUGUUUCUACCAACCACCAACACCGGGUGUCCGUCAACGAGCACCCAAAGGAACAGGACAACAGAGCAACAGCGCAAAUCCCUCCAUCACAGAGGAAGUCGCCGUGAAACCUACGAUUGGAUCCUACACGCAUCAUGGAGACGCAAGCUCAAGCAACAAGUCUGCUGGCCUAGCUCCUGAGGUCCACCGGCAAUCAGUCGGCAGCGUGUUUACCCCGAGGGACACCACCUGUAGCCGCAUCGGCGGCGAUACUAUACCUAUCAAAACACCUGUCCCUAUGAAAGAGCCUACGAAAUUGGGCGUGACAGGCGAAGGCAGGGCAUCUGAGACAUCAGUUACUCGGUCAUUGAUCAAAGCGCCAACUCCCACAACUUCCCAGCCUGUCACGCUCGCUGAAGCUUCAGCCGGAUCAUUAUCAAAGUCGUGUGAUGGCUAUGAAGUUGAGGGAAACACGGCUAGUCUCCAAUCAACCGGCGAUCGAGCCGAAUCUACACCAGAGACAUCUCUUGAGAGGCACAGCAAAGACGCUGCCUCGACCUCUGGGAGCAACAGACUGCUUCGUCAAGCGGUCCACAGAGAGGCAGUCUUCCCGCUUGGCUGGAAUGUUGUCGGUCGCAGCCGAUUGACAAAGGCCAUACCCAAGAGGUCUCCGAACCCGUCACAACUGUAUCCGGAAUGCCUGACUCUGUGAUGCGGUCUACUGA